UAUAACCUGUACAAUCAAAAACGGCGGAUCCGUAAUUUUUUUAAAUAUCCAAAUUCCCAGUAUGUUGCGAUUAAAUAGCAACAAAGUGCUAACAAGGUCAAUAUCGCAGUUGACGAGACGAAAUUUGAGCAACUACCCAAACAAGUAUCUAUCAUCCAAAGUUGCCCGGCAGAGGUUCUUGGAUUACUUCAUCAAUGAAAACAAUUACAAUUUCAUCAGAUCCAGCCCCGUUGUACCUUUCUAUGAUGACACUGUACCCUUUGUCAAUGCUGGAAUGAACCAGUUUAAAGGUAUUUUUUUGGGAACACAAGAAGCCAGGUUUGAAAAGGUUGUAAAUACACAGAAGUGCAUACGUGUGGGGGGAAAACAUAAUGACUUGGAUGAUGUUGGAUUAGAUGGGUAUCAUCACACUUUCUUUGAGAUGCUAGGAAAUUGGUCUUUUGGACAAUGCUCAAAAAAAGAAUCCUGCUCUUUGGCCUGGAAAUUACUCACAGAUGGUUUCAAAAUUAAUAAAAAUGCACUUUAUGUUACUUAUUUUGGGGGAGAUGAGGCAAUGGAAUUGGAACCAGAUUUAGAGUGCAAAGAUGUUUGGCAAAGCUUAGGUGUGCCAGAGGACAGAAUCUUGCCAUUUGGUAUGAAAGAAAAUUUUUGGGAGAUGGGCGCCAGUGGGCCUUGUGGUCCUUGCACUGAAAUUCAUUUUGAUCAUAGGGGCCUUGUUAAUAGAAAGGAAUUCGUCAAUAAAGGAUUGCAUGAGUUAAUUGAACUUUGGAAUAUAGUUUUUAUUGAGUACAACAGAGAUUCAGAAGGUAAAAUAUCCAGUUUACCUCAUAAACAUGUUGAUACUGGGAUGGGAUUUGAAAGAUUGGUUGCGAUUUUGCAAGGAAAAGUGAGCAAUUAUGAAACGGAUGUGUUCAAAACGUUAUUUACAGGAAUUCAAAAGAUAUCUGGAAAAGUUCCAGCUUAUAAGAAUUUGUAUGGAGAGAAAGAUUGGGAUCAAUUGAAUACUAGUUACAGAAUUUUGUCGGAUCACGCUAGAAUGAUCACAGCUUGUUUGGCAGAUGGUGUAAUUCCAGAGCAAAAUGCGAAACUGCGAAAAAUCAUGCGUAGGUCGUUUGCGAUUAGCGAAAAUAUGUUUAAAAAGGAACAAGGUUUGUUGAAGGAAUUAUCGAAUUACGUUAUCGAAUCUUUGGGCACAGUCUAUCCGGAAAUGCAGAACAAUUUUAUUCAAAUACAUCAGAUUAUAGAUUUUGAGGAAGAUAUUUAUAAAAGUUUAAGACGGAACGCGGCCAGCGAUUGGCUGAAAAUCUCGAAAGAUUAUCCAGCAUUGGCUAAUUUGGAUGUAAUUGAGAUGCCCGGAUUGGUGCAUGCUUUCAAGGAGAUCACGAACUCGAAUUUAACCGAAAUCACACCGGAAUUUGGAUGUAAACUGUUCGAUACGUACGGCUUGGAUGAGCCGUGUAUUAAGAAAUUGAGUGUUGGUUUGGAAUUAGAAUUUGAUGAGGUUCGAUUCAGAAAUGAGUUUGAUGCAGUUAAGAGGCGCAGCAAACUUACCAGUGUCACCGAUGGCAAUUUAAUUGAUUUUAAGCAGAUGGGAAAGUCGACCGAUGAUCGGUACAAGUACAUGUACGGAAAGGUGGACGGAAAGUAUGUGUUUGAUGAGGUGAGAGCUGAGGUGUUGAAUAUAUUGGAUGAGAACGAAUUCGUGAGUUGUAUUGAGCCGAACAAGCCGUGCACUUUGAUUCUUGAUAAGACGAAUAUGUAUUAUGAGUCCGGAGGACAAGUGAGCGACGUUGGUUGCAUCGAAUUCGGUGCAGGAAAAUUCGAAGUUGUAGACGUAGGGAAUAUCAAUAAUUACGUCCUGCAUAAGGGCGUGUACAAAUCCAAUUUUCAGCUGAAUGUACACGAGCAGGGCGUGGUCAAGUUUAACGAGGAGGCGCGGUUUAGCAAUAUGCGCAAUCACACUGCCACUCAUCUACUAAACGCUUGUCUGAAGCAGAUGAAAGGUGCCACAUGCCAGAAAUCCAGUAAAGUCUGCGCCGGUUAUUUGAAUCUGGAUGUUGGGAUAUUCGGUGAGAAGUUGUCGAGCAAGGAUAUCGCCUUUAUAGAGGAUAGGAUUAAAAAGAUUAUAAAGGAUAGAGUGGACGUUAAGAUUGAUGAAAUUGAUGCACAGAGUCUACUGAAUUUGGACCAAGUUACUCUGGUGCCUGGAGAAGUUUACCCCGAAAAGGGGAUACGACUAAUUGAGAUUACGUCAAACGAUUUGCUAUCUAGAGAACCUUGUUGCGGAACCCAUGUUUUAAAUACUGGUGAUAUCGGGGAUUUCUGCAUGGUUUCUUUCAAGUCAUUAGGUAGAAGCACCAGUUCUUUGUAUUGCGUAACCGGCCCGAGGGCUAAGAAAGCCCGGGAGACUGGGCAAGAAUUGUUGAAUCAUGUGGCCCAGUUACAGAAAAGCGUAAAUGAUAAUAUAGAUAAACCGGAAGUUUUAGAAAUGGCAGUGGCCAGCCUGAAAUUGCACCUAAAUUACAAUAUAGAGGAUGAAACUAUUAUGCCGUAUCUAGUAAAGGAGGAAUGUGCUGAGCAACUGAGCAAAAUUGGAAGACAAAUCAAGGAAGUGGCUAGGAAUAGUUUAAAGGAGUUUAUCGAUAUGGAGAUGCAGAGCGUUAUGCACACAAAGGCCAUGAAGAGCGAAAGCGAGAAGACUUUUAUCGUUCACUAUCUGCGAACGUCAAUGAUUUUGGAAUCCGUGCCGCUGCAGAGGGCUACGAAGAUCUGUCAGAAUGUUCCUGUUCUAGUAAUAUCCUACUCGGACAGCAUUGUUAAGGCAAGAUGCUGCGUGCCUCUGAAUUACACUAAUGAACAAUUUAAUGCGGAGAAAUGGUUGAAAGUAUUCGGAGAUAUCUUUAAGUCGUCCGUGGCUCCGCCCAAAGGACAGGACGCAACUCUGGUUUGCAAUUUGAAAGCGAAGAAGGUGAGUAUGUCCGAUUGGCACGGACUUCUCAACGACGCCAUGAACGCAGCCAAAUUGUACGCCAAAAAGCAUUUGUAAUUUUGUAUCGCAAUUAAAAACAAAACUCGUUACUU